AUGACUUCAAUAUCAAAAAAGGCACUCGAUAUCUCUUUUCGGUCGCUAUACAACGAUUUCGAGAAAACAUUAACAUUUUUGACGGUUACAAAAAUUGCUGAUAGUAUACCGAAUGAGAUCUUUCCUCGCGAAUCGCUUAAUAUACCUUCGAACAUUCGUUUAGCCGAUCCGGAAUUUCAUUUGCCAAAGGCGGUCGAUAUGUUGAUAGGGGCAGAUGCCACCACGUCGUUAUUAUCGAUCGGUCAGAUUAAUGUAUCGAGAAAGGAUUGCGAAAUUUUUAUGCAGAAAACGCAACUCGGCUGGGUCGUUGUGGGCGGCGCGAAAGGAACCCUCGAAACAAAAAAGGUCACGUGCAAUCUAAGCGAGCUGACUGAACAAAUUGCGAAAUUUUGGGUCAUUGAAGACAACAUCAGUGCGAAGGAAUCGAAACUUGCAGAGGAGUCAUUGUGUGAAGCAUUUUACGCGCAAACUACAACGCGAGAGUCGUCAGGGCGGUAUAUAGUUCGAUUGCCGUUUCGCGAUCGCGAUCAAGGUUUUGGCGAUUCACGAUCAAGCGCGCUUCGGCGGUUUCACGCGUUGGAGAAAAAUUUGAGAUCUAAUCCGAUACUCGAUUCAGAUUAUAAAAGGGUCAUGAACGAGUAUAUUAAUUUAAAUCACAUGUCGUUAAGCGUCGACGACGGUGAAGAGGGAUACUAUUUACCUCAUCAUGCCGUAAUUAAAGAUACCAGCACCACAACAAACCUACGGGUUGUUUUCGACGCAUCUGCAAAAUCGAACAAAGGCCUCUCAUUGAACGAUAAAUUAAUGGUCGGUCCGACGAUUCAAGACAAAUUGUUUGAACAUCUUUUAAAGUUUCGUAUGCAUGCGUUUGUUCUUACGGCCGACAUAGAGAAAAUGUACCGACAGAUAAUAAUUCACCCGGAUGACCGUAAAUUUCAACGUAUCUUUUGGUACCACGAGGGUAAAAUCGCUGUUUUUCAAUUAAACACGGUGACAUUUGGCGUCUCAUCGGCACCUUUUCUCGCGAUUAGGACCAUUAAACAAUUGGCCGACGACGAAAGCGCGAAUUUCCCUCUAGCAUCUCAAAUUAUAAAACGUGACCUUUACGUAGACGAUUUACUCACCGGAGCAAAUUAUUUAUCAGAGAUAUUAAAAAUUCGCGAUGACAUAAUUGCGCUUUUAAAACGCGGUCAAUUUAACAUUAGACAAUGGGCUUCGAAUCACGACCACGCGCUCGACAGCAUAGAUGAGAAGGUAUUAGGUUCAGAUCACGCUGUCGAGAACAAUCCUAUUCUAAAAACUCUUGGUACCGUGUGGAAUUCGCGACGCGACAAAAUCUUGUAUAGCGUCAAACCGCUCGAGAGACCUGCUAAAAGCACAAAACGGACAAUUCUUUCAGAGAUAGCUAAAAUUUUUGAUCCCCUUGGAUUACUGGGACCGAUAUUAUUAACCGCAAAAACGAUUAUGCAGGUGUGUUGGAAGACUAAAAUCGAUUGGGACGAGUCCGUGCCUAACACGUUACACACUACGUGGACGUCAUUUAGCGAUCAACUUCCGCUAAUUCGCGAAGUAUCCGUAGACCGUCGCCUCCUUCUGGAUGACCCGAUAAGUAUUCAAUUACAUGGGUUUUGUGACGCGAGCAAGGUCGGAUAUGGUGCGUGCUUGUAUUUGCGUUCUUGUGACAGCGGCGGGCGCGUGUUAGUCCGCCUGGCAUGCGCGAAAUCAAGAGUAGCUCCGUUGAAAACAACGACCAUUCCCAGACUAGAAUUAUGCGCCGCUUUAACUUUAACUCGUCUUUAUCAAGAAUCACGUUCGACCUUUAAUUUCAAACUCGAUAACAUCAUCUUCUGGUCAGACUCUAUGAUCGUAGUGCACUGGCUUAAAAAGUCGCCACAGGUUUUAAAAACCUUUGAAGCCAACCGCGUCGCUGAGAUUCAGGGUAUUGGCCGCGACAUAGAAUGGCGACACAUAAACACUGAACAAAAUCCGGCCGACGCUUUAUCACGUGGCCAGUUGCCUGCUGAAUUUCUAAAAAAUAAAUUAUGGUUCAAGGGUCCAUCGUGGUUUCAGCAGCCUGAACAUCUUUGGCCUAAAACCGUCUAUCUACUUGGCGACUUAUCACUAAGUCUCGUCAGAAUUUUUGGAGACGAUGCCAUGCUUACAACAAUUAACAGCGAAGAAGUGAAACUAGUGUCACGCGACACUCUUGAUUGUGUUGAAUAUUUAAAGAAACGUGUGCACAAACUCUCAGAUAAAUACGAGGAGGAUAAUUCGCAAACAGCUGGCAUACAUAGAAUUAUCACUGUCAAACUUGGUGCCAAGGUGAUCUUAAGGCGUAAUAUAGAUGUUACAUUGGGCCUCGUAAACGGUACUAUUGGAGAAAUUGUUGGAUUCUUACGAGCACCGGAUAGUGAAGACAUCAACACAGUGCAGUUUCGAUUAUCAACAGGAUCGCCUGAGGUAGGCCAGUGUAGCUUGAGUACCGCCGUUAAGGGUACGCAGGUGAGCGUCCUUGAUGAGGAGAUCGGCCAAGAUCGAUUCCCGGGGAAGGAUCGCCGGAUGUCGAGCGUCAGAGUCCAGAGGUGCAUGCUGAAGUCGGCCUCCAACUCGGAGGAUGCCAUCACGGUCAACAAAGGCGGUCAAUCGAGAGAGAGGAUCUGCUCGAGGGAGGGUUCCGCCCUGGAGGAGAGUCCGUAG